GCCAGUACACAAUUAGACGUGUAUCCCUUGCUGAUUCCUUUGUACGGCUUCGUCAUGACGCUCAAAAUAAAGCCUUCCGCUUCACCUCCUCCCUUUUCGUUCGAAAAUCUACCGUCAACACCGCCGCCUCCCUCUCCUUCUCCAUCACUCUCGCAUUGUCCUUCGCCACCAACUUCAUGGCUUUCAGCUCGUGACAUGAAAGUUUUUGGUUCUGAGCCUCUACGAAGCGCUACAGACAUUGGCAUCGUUCAGUGCAAGGAGUGCGCUAAGCCUGUGCUCCGUAGUGCGGCUGCUGAGCAUGCAGACAACUGCAGAAAUAUACGCCUUGGUAAAGGUGGAGUGAAAGGUAAAGCUGAUGACCUUGGAACUGCAAAGGGAAAGAAACGCAAAGCAGACGAAGAGCCAUCAGAAUCGAACACUCCAAAGGGCAAGAAGGCGAAGGCCGCUCCUAACAAGCCAGCCAAACGCAUGAAGGGUCCCGUCGAUCUCGACAAGCAGUGCGGUGUCAUAAACGACAAACACCUCCCAUGCUCACGCUCCCUCACAUGUAAAUCACACUCCAUGGGAGCAAAACGAUCUGUACCCGGUCGUUCGAAAGCUUACGACGAGUUGCUUCUCGACUGGAACCGAGCCAAUAACCCCAACUUUGUGGAGCCCGUCAAGCGAGAGAGCAAGAAGGAGCGCAAGGAGAAGAAAGACGCAGAGAAGAGGGAGAAGAAACAGAAGGAGAUGGAGGAGCUGGCUCGGAAGAACGGUAUCGACCUCAGCAAGCCAGGGGCGGAGGCUCAGCUCGAGCAGCUGAAGUCGACCGCUUCGAAGAAGAAGAAGAGCACUGCAACGGCUGCCAAUGCCAAUGCCAACAGUCAGGGCGCCGCGGCGGGAAAGAAUGCUGCUGCGACCACCGUGGCUGGCUCUGAUGAUCCCGCCUUGGAAAACCUCGAUGAUCUUGACUCCGAGGAGGAACUGGACUCGAUGACGAACGCUGUCCGGGUAGCACAGGAGAGAGGCAUUAUAGGUGUUCCGUUGGCGGUACCAAGUGAUGCUGGAACCUGGUUCGUGGGUCGUAGGGAACGUCUACGGAACUGCAGAGAUCUCUUCGUGGGCUCAUUGAUGAAGAGCGGCAUGAACUCGAGCGUGGCGGCAGCGGGGGCUGCUGCACGUCUAGGCUCUCAAACAGCCUGAUGCACUGGUACACAAUCCUUGUUCACCUUCUCCACAUUUUCGAUGUUCGUCUCACGCAUCGAAUCGCAUACCCCACCGUCUAAGCUACUUCCUUUUCUGUAGGCGCACUGUAUCAUCACAUCUGUACCAUUAUGGGACCCUCACUUGUACUUCAUCUCGCAUCGCACAUCUUAUUCGUACUUCUCCUGCAUUUUCGAGCUCGUCC